UUUAAAUAAACCGCCCGGUACGGUUGAGCGAAUCAGUUGACGAGCCGUAGUGCAAAAGUAAAGAUCCCCCAGCAGUGGGCGCGUUUAAGGUGCUCAGCUCAAAUCGAUCGCGUCGGUCAGUGUGGUGUGGUGUGAAAUUUCCAAAGUGUUGUAACAGUAUUGGUACCGUUUGCCAUUGAUAGCGAUUCAAUACUGUGCCUGUGUCUGUGUCCAUCAUCAUCAGCAUCAUCCGGUAAUGCGCUGAUAGCAUCGGAAACCAAUCGACGUUGCACGGUGGCCGUUUCAGUGUGAAGUGAUCGCGAGUGACGAGCAUAAACGGGAGCACAUCCGGAAUCUUGACAGGCACUUUUGCUACGACCAGCAGAACAGAACUCAAUCAGCCGUUGAGCGUGCAGUUUGUGGUGCGGCACGAGUUAGUGACAAGCAUCAGACGCCUGCCGUCAGUAGUUAAGUCGUGCAGUUUAUUAGCGCAGCGAGUGAUCGAGUGAUUAUUGGACGCGGCACGGAACGUGUUCUGUUUGGAGAAGUAAAUUUAGUAUUCUGGCACAUGAUGAAGCUUCUUAUUCUGAUUGUGGCAACGUGUGCUGUGGGAGCGCUGUGUGCGGAGGAGAAAUGUGAACCGGGCACGACGUUUAUGGAGGACUGCAACAGAUGUCGCUGCGGCCCGGAAGGUCAGAAGUCUUGUACGCGCAAGAUGUGCCCCCCGAACGAGCUGUCCGACGAUAGCCAGGUGCGCACCGACGUCCAGAACGGUGAGUCGCUGUCGUCCACCGAUGAGAAGGAUUUGCUGCAUGUGCCAACCAACGGGCAGGUGUGCUCACCGAACGAGAUCAAGAUGAAGGACUGCAAUCGGUGCCGGUGCGCCAACAAUGGUAUUGGAUGGUUCUGUACGCGACGUGCGUGUCCUGCGCGUGAGAAGCGUUCCUCCCCGAACACCGAAGAGAAAUGCACCCCCGGAACGACGUUCAGAAGUAGCGAUGGUUGCAACACCUGCUUCUGCACCGAUACCGGAAUCGCGGCUUGCACACUGAAGGCUUGCUUCACGAACUUUCCCGAGCGGAUACCACUGGCAGCACUCACCGAGGCAGCAGCGCAGCGUGUGAAGCGUUCUCGCAGCAAUGAGAACUGCACGCCCGGAACGGUGUUCAAGAGCGAUGAUGGUUGCAAUACCUGCUUCUGCACGGAUGAUGGCCAUGCUGCCUGUACGCUCAUGGCCUGUCUGCCGAGCGAACCGCAACAGAAACAGAAGCGUGACACGCUGCCCCAGUCGGACAUUGCUCCCGGUGCACCAGGAUUCAGCUGUGAGCCCAAGUCCUCGUUCAAGUAUCAGUGUAACACGUGUCUCUGCUCCGACGAUGGUAAGAUGGCAGGAUGUACCUUCAAAUACUGCAUUCCCGGUGAAUGGUAAUGGGCGGGCGAGUUUCUCUAGCGAUGGGCUAAACCAUUAAAACAAGCUUUACCAUAAGUUGUGCUUGUCUCGUCGAUUCAAAGUAUCGCUCACUCGGGUUUGCAUGUAACUAUUUGUUUAUCAUUCUGCAACCUUCAUGAUAUGGCAGGCGGACGGUGGCGUGUAAGUCAUUUGUUAAACAAACUACUGGAAGAUGUACGAAAAUAAAGUUAUUAUUUUUACCAUCAGCGG